AAAAGGCGGGAGAAGAUUACCGCUUCCGCGCGCGCGCAGCACGGCACAGCCACAACAACACGGCAGACGGCAGGACGGCAAAAUGGACGAUAAGUUGAUAAUGUCUGUAUUUAAUUUCCCCGAGCUCUAUAACGUAACUUUACCGACUUACCGCUGCACAGAAACUCGAAUAAAUGCCUGGAGAAGCAUCAGCACCCUAAUGGGGGUCCCAUCUGAAGAAUGCAAAAGAAGAUGGAAGAAUAUGAGAGACCGUUAUUUAAAGGAGGUUCGAACGGAGCUCAAGAGCAAGCAGCAAGGGGAGCUGGUUCCCAGUCGAUGGAAAUACAGACAGCGGCUCAACUUCCUUGCCCCUUUUACCGGCACAAGAAACGGCAUAUCAGAGAACUUCAUCAACAACAACGGGGAAGACCACUCCCCUCCUGACCUGGACACCCUGGCCGCAGACAGCCCCAUGUCCCCUGCCCCAACGAGGAGGACCCGCGCCAUCGCAAAGGCCCCCGCGACCCAGCCAGAGUCCCAGUCCCAGGCAGCGUUUGCGACCCCGUCCUCUUCACCUGAGUCACAGAACAACCAGUGGGGGACGCUUGGCGCUACUGGGAAAAAGAGGAAGGACUUGGCGAAAGAAACAUUAGGCUCUGCUGAUGGCGUGGCACCUUCAAAAAAGUCAGUGGGCAGGACACAGGACGAGGACGAACUGUUUCUGCUCAGCUUUGUUCCCACCUUGAAGCGCCUUGCUCCUCAAAAAAGAUGCGAGACUAAAAUGAAGAUCCAGCAGAUCCUGUAUGAGGCUGAAUUCAGCCUACCAGAGCCUGCUCCAAAGAGAGAAUCAAUAAAAUAAAAUGAAAUGAG